UAUCGUUGUGCCAGAAAGCAGCUCACGAUUUGUCCUUCGUCGAAGAUGUUCCUAUUAAUGCGCGUCCUUUUCAGCACGGCGAAGAGCGGAGCGGCCGGAAGGGCAGGAAGCCCGUCACGCCCCCUCUCCGCUUCCUCUGACUCACGGAGGUUGGCCGGGAAGGUGGCCGUGAUCACCGGCGCGGCGAGCGGCAUCGGGAAGGUGACCGCCGCCGAGUUCGUCCGGAACGGCGCCAAGGUCGUGCUCGCCGACGUCCAGGACAGCCUGGGCCGCGCCGUGGCCGCCGAGCUCGGCGACCCGGACACGGCCUGUUACACCCGCUGCGACGUCACGGACGAGGGGCAGGUGGCGGCCGCCGUGGACCUCGCCGUGUUUGAGUGCACCACCAUCGCCCUUGCCCUCGCCAUCAAGGGCAAGGAUAAGGAAGAGGUCGUGGCCGCAAGGCUAAGGCAGCCGGGCAGCGGCCAAUCUGGGUUGCCGCGACCCUAG